GGAGGCGCUGCAAUAUCGCGACAAUCGCUCAUCAUCACCGGAGCAGGUGCCCACCACUCCUCCCAACAACGGCAGCCUCACCUCUAAUGACAACGGUGUGCUUCCUGUAGCUGGAUCCUCACAGCAGCGGAAGGCAAAGGCGAGGCCCAGACCCCAACCACAGAAUACACCGUACGGCCAUGGAACGGCCAGCCACUCAGAGAGGACCUUCGCCAUCACAUCUUUAUCGAAUUCGAGACCUUGUCAAAAUUCUACAUCUUCCUGACGACUGGCGUGUCUCUUUCAAGUCCGACGUCGAUGCUGUCCAGAAUGACCAGAAUUUCAAAGACUUACUUCGGUAUUACCUAGAUCUAUGUAAUGAGGUCGGAACGAGUUAUGACAAGGAGAGGCACCUGUAUUGUCCUCACACAGACGUAUGCAAUCGUGUCAUUGACGUGGCUCAGAUGCAACCCGGCACUAAGGUUUCGGAUGACGAUAUCAUAGAGUUUUUCCGUAUGGACCCUUAUCUAUAUUUAGGCUCGAGAUCGUAUCAAAAAGUUUGGCCAAGACAAAGGAAGGUGUUUGCAGCAGUAUGUUCCUGGGUGGCCUCAUGUCAUUGAGGUGAAAGAGAUGAAAGCCACGGAUGAUACGAUCGACGAGGGUGCUGGUGAGAUCAGACUAUUGACCAAAGGUAAUAGAAGCCUCCCCUUCUUGUGUAGAGGAUGUACCAGAAGAUGCAACAGGUUUCGGUUCGUCCCUUUUAUCCUUGCGUUUUUUUUUUGUCGUCAUAGGAUCCUUGCCAUUUGUCGGCACCGACGAAAAAGGAAACCUUGAAUUUGGCCAAGUCUUCCCAAGAGACCCAUCAGUAUGGCCAAUAUCAUGUAUCGAAGAGAUAGCAAAGGGAAUAUCUGCGGAGUCCUCAAUGACUUU